UACGAUUUUUACAGAUGACGUUUGCAUUUGGAAUUUUGACAUGUGUUGUAAUCCUUGUUUUUGUCUAGGGUUGUAAUUCAACCACUAUAAACUGAUUUCUACUAAUAUGACUUAUUUAAAAUCAUGGGAAGAAUUUGAAAGAGCUGCUGAAAAAUUGUAUCUACAAGAGCCAGCAAAAGUUCGAUAUUCAAUGAAGUAUGUUCACAACAAAAGUAUAUUAAUUUUAAAAAUGACUGAUGAUGUAGUGUGUUUACAAUUUAAAACAGAAAUAGCUCAGGAUGUAAGGAAAAUAGACAAAUUCAUAAAUAACUUACUUCGCCAUAUGGUCUCAAAAGAACAUUAAUUGAUUUAAAAUAAAAGAUGUGAAUGGUUAAUUGUGAUUACUAUUAAUAAAACUUUGAGGUUGCAACAACCUCUGUUAUGGUAAUUACUAAAAUUUGUUAAAUUUAUUUGUUAAUAAAAUUAUCCCACUUAUUUAAUAUUUUAUUACAAAACAAGGUUUGAAACAUUGUAAGCAGUUUGAUGAAUAAAAG